AUGCGUGGCUCCACCAGCGCCAACGCGUUCUCGGACGCCAGUGCGCAGGCCGCUGUGCUGGAGGAAUGGAAAAAAAGAAGUGCUAAGCACAAGGAAGCAGCCAGUUCUCUGCGGGAAAAGGUGCGGCAGCUCAAAAGUGACGCGGAGGCUGGUCGCCGCGCUGCCCAGUGGAUGCAAGAGCGCGACGCUCUCAAUUGCGAGCAGGAAGCCUGCGAAGCGGCGCUGGAUGCGAUAGAGAAGAGCCUCCGUGACGCAGUGUCUGACGCCGACAGUGAGCGCCACCAGCUGGAGCUUUCGGCGCUAAAGGUUUUACUGUCCCAGCAGCUGACGGAGGUUGGUGCCCUGUGGCACAUGUCCACUGCACAACAGCCCCAAACGAGCUCUAGUGGUGCAGCUUCGGUGGAUCGGGUGGCUGACAUUCGCAAGUGGAUUGCGGAGGAGCUCACAAAGUGCGAGGCGAACAUAGAGGCACUUGCUACGCCUUCUUCGGGCUUCGAACAUCAGCAAAACGCCGUCGUCGAGUGCCGUGCUGCUGCCCGGCAGGCACAGCUGACAUUUGCGGCGCUGUGUUAUUCCUACCACCCAGCACACCAGCUGCGCGUUACCUUUGAGGAAGCGUUGAAGAGCGCGGAGGAAGAGACGUUGGCCCGUAUCGAGGACGCCAGCGUCCCAACGGCAGUAGCAACGCCGCCGGACGUUCUUCGGACCGUGGGGCUCAUCGUGAAGAUGGGCCAGAACGCACGACAGUUUGAUAUCUCGGCAGCCAGCAUGACUGCCUUGGCAGAGCGGGUAUCGGCGGUGUACCCCGACAUGCCCUCCGCCCAGGUUCACGUAGCCAUCAAGGAGUCUAUAGCGCUUCGGAAAGCGCGGGCCCUGUCGCAGGCUGCCGUGUCAGACUUCCAGCGAACGAACACCUCUCUUUUGUCGUCAUGCGAAUCUGCGUUUCUUGUUGCCCAGCAGUCGGAAAAGCAGCGGCAGGAGAAGGCGGAGGCUGCGCGGCAGCGCGUAGCAGCGCAAAAUCGGCGGCACGCACAUCUCACAGAGGAGCGCACUGCUUACGAGGCUGUGGUGCGGCAACGUCAGAGCGUCGAGGAACGAAUGCAAGCAGCGGCGGCAGCAAAGGAGAAGGCGCUGCAGGCAAAACGUGCCGUCGAGUUUCAAGAGCGCCUCCGUCUUUUUGAGGCAUACGAAGUGCAGCAGUCAGCUCUCCGGCAGAAGGAACGGGAGCUGGCGGAGCUGCAGGCGCAGGCAUUGGAGGAGGAGAGAGCAGCGCGUAUGCGCCGCAACGAAGAGCGGGUCGAGUACCGACGCCAGCGGGACGAACAGCGGCAAUCUGAGAAGAAGAAGCGCGAGCAAGAACUGCUAGAGCUGCGGGCCAAGAAGCAGGAUGCGCUUCAGCGUUUCUUCGCUUCUGUUGAUAAACAGAUCGGUGUGGAGGCCGACCCGCAGCGUUUCCUCAGGGCGACCUCCUCGAGCGCGCAAACGGAGCGGUACACGACGCUUGCACAGACCGUGAUGCCGUCGAUCACGGGCUUCUCCGAUGAGCAGAUUAUGAAGGAUCCGCGUGUGCGACUGUAUCAAGCAUUACUUGCUGCUGGCCUGCACACCACCCCAUACGGACGAGAGGUGGCAACCCGUGGAUACCGCGUUUCCGCUGCCCAGCAGAGCAGCGAGGGGAAUCCCCUGCGUGUCGAAUUCUCAUAA